GUGAACCUAAAGGGUGUCGGAAAGGAGGGACAGCAAGCGAUCUUGCGGGUGCGCCCUUUCCACAGGUGAGCGGCUGCCGGCCUUGGCACAGCUACGGGCCCGGCCCGGUUGACACGCGGUCUCGCGUCCAACCUCUCACCGUCCCUAUAAAAGCGGACACCGACGUCCGGUCAAUCACCACAACGCCUCGAGGCAAGCUCCCAGUCCAGACUUUUGAAGCGACGAAGCAACAAGCCGCCAUGGUUGUUAGCAGCAAAACCGCCCUUCUCUCUCUCGCCGUCCUGCUCGCCCUGUGCAGCUUGGCAUUCGCCCAGUUUGGCUACGGUGGGUUCGGUCGCGGCUAUGGAGGAUACGGAGGCUUCGGCCGCGGCUUCGGAGGAGGAUACGGGGGAUUCGGUCGUGGAUUCGGAGGAGGCUACGGUGGAUUUGGACGUGGAUUCGGUGGCUACGGUGGAUUUGGACGUGGAUUCGGUGGCUACGGACGUGGAUUCUACGGUUGAAAAUUUCUGACUUCUACGUUAUGCAUCAAUAAGACAGAUAUUGCUUCAUGCACUGUUUUAUAAGAGCUACCGCUCAGCGCAGCGACGUCAUUGGCGAGGAUAAAGAAUGAAGGAGUUCGGUACCAACUCGAAAGUCUGCAAUACGGGUUUGCCAAUAAAUAUCUGAUUUUGACCAUUAC